CGGGGGAGAGCGGCCGUCCGCCGCGCGCGGCGCAGGCCCCCGGCCGGCGACCCCCCGCCAUGGGGCGGGCGCGGGCGGCCGAGUAGCCGCAGCCCCCGGAGCCGGGGCGGGCGCCGCCGCAGCCCGCGCGUCAGGCCCCGGCGGACGCCGCGAGGAAAAUGAGGAGUGUCGUCCGGAAUCCGCGGGAGAGCGGACUCGCCGCAGAGCCCUGACGAGGGGGACGCCGGGAGCAGGGAGGAGACGCGUCCUCCGGGCAGGGCCGGGCGGGCGGCGCGCCGAGGGGCUGCCCCGCGGACCCCGCCGCCGGGCCACUCUGCCCGCGGCGCCCGGGGAGCCUCUGCGGCGGCGGCGGCGCUGCCUUUGCCUCCGCCGAGUGCCUUCUGGGGGCUUCCUCCCCUUGCCGUGGUCCUCCUUCCCCGGGAGCGGAUCGGACCCAAGCCAUUAAUGAUGCGGCCGGGCUCGCUGCGGGGUUGUGUGGCACGAGGUGAAUUUUGAAUGAAGGCGAAGAGUUGUGUUUUCUUUUCUUUCUUAAAGAAAAAAAAAUUUUUUUUUUUUUUUUUUUUUUUAAAGAAGUCUGGACUCUUGGGUCCGUUGUACUUGGAUUGCCUCCUGCGACUGCACCGUGCUCUUCUUUGGAAAAGAUGUACGAAAGCCCCGUUGCAUGGUAGCUCGCCCCGCAGAGCCGGGUGUGCGCCCGCGGGAUCGCAGGCGCUCCGGGCCGGGGGGCUCCCCGGCCGCUCGGGGGCGGGGCGGGGGGGAGGGUUGUCGGGCGGCCGCGGCCCGGCCUGACAGCUGCGUGAGGGGACCGGACCCACCGCUUCCAGAACUCCGGCUCGGGGCCGCCGCGUGCCCCGCGCGCCAGUGACCGAGGGGAGGCGCGGCGGACGUGGGCGCAAACAUGUCCGGAGAGGUGCGCCUGCGGCAGCUGGAGCAGUUCAUCCUGGACGGGCCCGCUCAGACCAACGGGCAGUGCUUCAGCGUCGAGACGCUGCUGGACAUCCUCAUCUGCCUGUACGAUGAGUGCAACAACUCUCCGCUCCGAAGGGAGAAGAACAUUCUCGAAUACCUGGAGUGGGCCAAACCAUUUACUUCUAAAGUGAAACAGAUGCGUCUACAUAGAGAAGACUUUGAGAUAUUGAAGGUGAUUGGUCGAGGAGCUUUUGGAGAGGUUGCUGUAGUGAAACUAAAAAAUGCAGAUAAGGUAUUUGCCAUGAAAAUAUUGAAUAAAUGGGAAAUGCUGAAAAGAGCUGAGACAGCGUGUUUUCGUGAAGAAAGGGAUGUGUUAGUGAAUGGAGAUAAUAAAUGGAUUACAACCCUGCAUUAUGCUUUCCAGGAUGACAAUAACUUAUAUCUGGUGAUGGAUUAUUAUGUUGGUGGGGAUUUGCUGACUCUGCUCAGCAAAUUUGAAGAUAGACUGCCUGAAGAUAUGGCUCGGUUUUACCUGGCUGAGAUGGUGAUAGCAAUCGACUCCGUUCAUCAGCUGCACUACGUACACAGGGACAUCAAACCUGACAACAUAUUGAUGGACAUGAAUGGACAUAUUCGGUUAGCAGAUUUUGGUUCUUGUCUGAAGCUGAUGGAAGAUGGAACGGUCCAGUCUUCAGUGGCUGUUGGAACUCCAGAUUAUAUCUCUCCUGAAAUCCUUCAAGCCAUGGAAGACGGGAAAGGCAGAUAUGGACCUGAGUGUGACUGGUGGUCUUUGGGCGUCUGUAUGUACGAAAUGCUUUAUGGAGAAACACCAUUUUAUGCAGAAUCUCUGGUGGAGACAUAUGGAAAAAUUAUGAAUCAUAAAGAGAGGUUUCAGUUUCCAGCUCAAGUGACCGACGUGUCUGAAAGUGCUAAGGAUCUUAUUCGAAGGCUCAUUUGCAGCAGAGAACACCGACUGGGUCAGAACGGCAUAGAAGACUUUAAGAAACACCCCUUUUUCAAUGGAAUCGAUUGGGAUAAUAUUCGAAACUGUGAAGCGCCUUAUAUUCCAGAAGUUAGUAGCCCCACAGAUACAUCCAAUUUUGAUGUGGAUGAUGAUUGUUUAAAGAACUCUGAAACGAUGCCCCCCCCCACACAUACCGCCUUUUCUGGCCACCACCUGCCGUUUGUUGGUUUCACAUACACUAGUAGCUGUGUUCUUUCUGAUCGGAGCUGUUUACGAGUGACAGCCGGGCCCGCUUCCCUCGACCUGGAUGUCAACGUUCAGAGGACUCUGGACAACAACUUGGCCACGGAAGCUUAUGAGAGAAGAAUUAAGCGCCUUGAGCAGGAAAAACUUGAACUUAGCAGAAAGCUUCAAGAGUCAACACAGACUGUUCAAGCGCUGCAGUAUUCAACUGCUGACGGUCCACUCACGGCAAGCAAAGAUUUAGAGAUCAAAACCUUAAAAGAAGAAAUUGAAAAACUAAGGAAACAAGUAAGAGAAUCAAGUCACUUGGAACAGCAACUUGAGGAAGCCAACGCUGUGAGGAGAGAGCUAGAUGAUGCUUUUAGGCAAAUCAAGGCUUAUGAAAAACAAAUCAAAACACUACAACAAGAAAGGGAAGAAUUAAACAAGGAACUAGUCCAGGCUAGUGAGCGAUUAAAAAACCAGUCCAAAGAGCUGAAAGACGCACACUGUCAGAGGAAACUGGCCAUGCAGGAAUUCAUGGAGAUCAAUGAGCGGCUAACAGAGUUGCACACCCAAAAACAGAAACUUGCUCGCCAUGUCCGAGAUAAGGAAGAAGAGGUGGACCUAGUGAUGCAAAAAGUUGAAAGCUUAAGGCAAGAACUGCGCAGGACAGAGAGAGCCAAGAAAGAGCUGGAAGUUCAUUCAGAAGCUGUGGCUGCUGAAGCAUCUAAAGACAGGAAAUUGCGUGAACAGAGUGAGCACUAUUCUAAGCAACUGGAAAAUGAAUUGGAGGGACUAAAGCAAAAACAAAUUAGUUACUCACCAGGACUGUGCAGCAUAGAACAUCAGCAAGAGAUCACCAAACUAAAGACUGAUUUAGAAAAGAAAAGUAUCUUUUAUGAAGAAGAAUUGUCUAAAAGAGAAGGAAUACACGCCAAUGAAAUUAAAAACCUGAAGAAAGAACUUCAUGAUUCAGAAGGCCAGCAACUUGCUCUCAACAAGGAAAUUUUGAUUUUGAAAGACAAAUUGGAAAAAAACAGGAGAGAGAGUCAAAGUGAAAGGGAAGAAUUUGAAAACGAGUUCAAACAACAGUACGAAAGAGAAAAAGUGUUGUUAACUGAAGAAAAUAAGAAACUGACAAGUGAACUUGAUAAGCUCACCACCUUGUAUGAGAACUUAAGUAUACGCAACCAGCAGUUAGAAGAGGAGGUAAAAGACCUGGCAGACAAGAAAGAAUCGGUUGCGCAUUGGGAAGCUCAAAUCACAGAAAUCAUUCAGUGGGUCAGUGAUGAAAAGGAUGCACGAGGGUAUCUGCAGGCCUUAGCUUCUAAAAUGACUGAAGAGUUGGAAGCUUUAAGAAAUUCCAGCCUGGGUGCACGAGCAACAGAUAUGCCCUGGAAAAUGCGUCGUUUUGCAAAACUGGACAUGUCAGCUAGACUGGAGUUGCAGUCGGCCCUCGAUGCAGAAAUAAGAGCUAAACAGGCCAUCCAAGAAGAGUUGAAUAAAGUUAAAGCAUCUAACAUCAUCACAGAAUGUAAACUGAAAGACUCCGAGAAGAAGAACUUGGAGCUACUAUCAGAAAUCGAGCAGCUAAUAAAGGACACUGAAGAGCUUAGAUCUGAAAAGGGUAUAGAGCACCGAGACUCACAGCAUUCUUUCUUGGCAUUUUUGAAUACGCCUACCGAUGGUCUGGAUCAACUUGAAGAUUCCUUUUCUUCUUCCUCAUCUUCACUGAUUGAUUUUUUGGAUGACCGCUCUCCGUCCUGCACUCCAGCUAGCAAAGGCAGACGUACUGUAGACAGUACUCCUCUUCCUGUUCACACACCGACCUUAAGGAAAAAGGGAUGUCCUGCUUCAACUGGCUUUCCAGCUAAGCGCAAGACUCAUCAGUUUUUUGUCAAAUCUUUUACAACGCCUACCAGAUGUCACCAGUGCACCUCUCUGAUGGUGGGUCUGAUAAGACAGGGCUGUUCCUGUGAAGUGUGUGGAUUCUCGUGUCAUAUAACUUGUGUAAACAAAGCUCCAACUGUGUGUCCGGUCCCUCCUGAGCAGACAAAAGGUCCUCUGGGGAUAGAUCCACAGAAGGGAAUAGGAACAGCAUAUGAAGGUCAUGUCAGGAUCCCUAAGCCAGCAGGAGUGAAGAAAGGAUGGCAAAGAGCAUUGGCUGUGGUUUGUGACUUUAAGCUCUUCCUGUACGAUGUUGCUGAAGGAAAAGCGUCCCAGCCCAGUGUUGUGGUCAGUCAGGUGAUUGACAUGAGGGAUGAAGAAUUUUCUGUGAGUUCAGUCUUGGCCUCUGAUGUAAUUCAUGCAAGUCGGAAAGAUAUACCCUGUAUAUUUAGAGUCACAGCCUCCCAGCUCUCGGCGUCAGACAGCAGGUGUUCGGUCCUGAUGCUCGCGGAGAGCGAGAGCGAGAGGAACAGGUGGGUGGGCGUGCUCAGCGAGCUGCACAAGAUUUUGAAGAAAAACAAGUUCCGAGACCGCUCAGUCUACGUCCCCAAGGAGGCUUAUGACAGCACUCUGCCGCUCAUUAAAACCACCCAGGCGGCUGCGAUCAUAGACCAUGAAAGGAUCGCAUUGGGAAAUGAAGAGGGGUUAUUUGUCGUGCACGUCACGAAAGAUGAAAUUAUCAGAGUCGGUGACAAUAAGAAGAUCCAUCAGAUUGAACUCAUUCCAAAUGAUCAGCUUGUUGCUGUGAUCUCAGGACGAAAUCGUCACGUGCGCCUUUUUCCCAUGUCAGCUUUGGACGGACGAGAGACCGAUUUUUACAAGCUGGCAGAGACGAAAGGGUGUCAGACCAUAACUUCUGGCAAGGUGUGCCACGGAGCUCUCACGUGCCUGUGCGUGGCUAUGAAAAGGCAGGUCCUCUGUUACGAACUAUUUCAGAGCAAGACCCGUCACCGAAAAUUUAAGGAAAUCCAAGUCCCCUGUAACGUGCAGUGGAUGGCGGUCUUCAGCGAACAGCUGUGCGUGGGAUUCCAGUCGGGAUUCCUGAGAUACCCCUUGAAUGGAGAAGGGGGUCCGUACAGCAUGCUCCACUCAAAUGACCACACGCUGUCCUUUAUCACACAUCAGCCGAUGGACGCCAUCUGUGCAGUUGAGAUCUCCAGUAAGGAGUACCUGCUGUGUUUUAACAGCAUCGGGAUAUACACAGACUGCCAGGGCCGGAGAUCCAGACAGCAGGAGCUCAUGUGGCCAGCAAAUCCCUCCUCUUGCUGCUACAAUGCACCGUAUCUCUCCGUGUACAGUGAAAACGCAGUUGACAUCUUCGAUGUGAACUCCAUGGAAUGGAUUCAGACUCUCCCACUCAAAAAGGUUCGACCCUUAAACAGUGAAGGAUCAUUAAACCUUUUAGGGUUGGAGACAAUUAGAUUAAUAUAUUUCAAAAAUAAGAUGGCAGAAGGGGAUGAGCUGGUGGUUCCCGAAACAUCAGAUAACAGUCGGAAGCAGAUGGUUAGAAAUAUUAACAAUAAGCGACGCUACUCCUUCCGGGUCCCAGAGGACGAGAGGUUGCAGCAGAGGAGAGAGAUGCUGCGAGAUCCAGAAAUGAGAAAUAAAUUAAUUUCUAACCCAACUAAUUUUAACCACAUAGCACACAUGGGCCCAGGAGAUGGGAUACAGAUCCUAAAAGACCUGCCCAUGCCAGGCCUCCCUUAUCCGCCCUCGCUUCACUCCGGCCUCAUCUCCUCUCCGAUCAACUUUGAGCACAUCUAUCACAUGACUGUUAAUUCCGCUGAAAAAUUUCUCUCUCCUGAUUCCAUAAACCCUGAGUAUUCCCCGUCUCUACGCUCUGCCCCCGGUACACCCAGCUUUAUGACUCUGAGGAACCCUCGGCCUCAGGAGAGUCGGACCGUGUUCAGUGGCUCGGUCAGUAUUCCGUCUAUCACCAAAUCCCGCCCUGAACCCGGUCGCUCCAUGAGCGCCAGCAGCGGCCUGUCAGCAAGGUCAUCCGCACAGAACGGCAGUGCGCUAAAGAGAGAAUUCUCUGGAGGGAGCUACAAUGCCAAGUGGCCGCCCAUGCCCUCCCCGUCGGAGGGCUCCCUGUCUUCCGGAGGCAUGGACCAGGGAAGCGACGCCCCAGUCAGGGACUUUGACGGAGAGGACUCGGAUUCUCCGAGGCAUUCCACGGCCUCCAACAGCUCCAACCUGAGCAGCCCGCCCAGCCCCGCGUCGCCCCGCAAGACCAAGAGCCUCUCCCUGGAGAGCACGGACCGCGGGAGCUGGGACCCGUGAGUGGCCUCGGCGCUCAGAGUGGAUGCCGGAGCGGCCUCUCCCCCCACAGCCCCUCCGCGGCCCGGUCUCCGCUUCCCCGCCCCCGCUCCCCAGCCCCUGCCCGGGAGGCCCGGGCCGGGCAGCAGGAGCAGGGUGGGGGUUCUGGAACGCGGACGAUGCACCUGCAGCCCGCCUCGCCCCCCUCGCCCCCACUCAGCCCACACCUCCACACCCCCUCGCCCCGACAGCAACAACCAUAAAGGCAGACUUCCACUGAGCAGCUUCAAUGAAUAUCGAUUCCAUUUCGUACACUUAGAGUUGCUUUCCAUAAUAGUUGCCCCCCCCCCCCAAAGGUAGCUUGAGUAGACGGAUCCCACGGACAUCGCGGUGAGAACUUCAGGCGGACUGGUGUCCUCGGGGAGUCGCACCCUCCCGAGCGGCCGCCCGGCGCCCACAGCGGAUGUCGACCCGAUCGCCGCCAGUAAAUCCGUACUCACUAAAGCAGUGCAUAUUUUACUACAUUACAGAGUUUAAAUACGUACACAAAUGUAGAGGUUAAAUACUGAAUGUACAUAGUAAAAAGAAGCAUCUUGUAUUCCACAAAAGAUGGAUACGUAUAUAAGAGAGAGAUCAUUUAAUUUAAAGAAAUGUGUUGUUUCUUGUCUGUUUUCCAGCUCAGUACUUUAGAGGGUAGGAAGGCCUUGAGUGUAGACGCUCACAGGCUUGAGGAGUCAGAGCACCCCCCUCCCAACCCCGGCCGGCUCUCACACCGGCCGGGGCCGCAGUCCCACGGGGGCUUCAGGAAAACCUUCCGGAACUUGGUCUCCCCACUCUGGGCUGCGGCCCGGGCACAGACCUAACCCCGGAAGGUUCUUUAGCAGCAGCGUCGAAAGGCUAAUCUCCUUCCAAGACCUGUCCUUUUCCGGCAGCAGGAUUCCAGCCACGCUUGUCCUUUUUUACUGUGUUUGGUAUCUUCUGCAGAUGAGUGUAGAAAUGCCGUCUUGUCACGUCCUGACCCCUUCCGUUGAGAGGACGCGAGGAAUGUCACGGCUUCUGAGGGUCCCUAACAAGGUUCAGAGAAGUGCUUUUCUCCUGGGCUACCCCAGUUCCCGCGCUACCCCCUGGGCGGAGGGGGGCUCGCGCUCCGCAGAGAAGCCCCAGGAAGGGUGUCGUUACCAAAUAAAAAACCUCAGAUGCAAGGACUUGAACAGCCUUAACCAAAUAUUCUUCCCCACACCGGGCGGGAGACGGGAACGCGCGGCCGGGGCGCGGGCAGGACGCCGGGGAGCCGCCACCUGGCCCGGCCCGCGUCCCUCCCUGCGCGCUCAGGCUCCGGUUCCGCCCAGGUGAGCACCUGCCGCUCCGGCCACCGCGAGCCAGUGAAACGCACACCCAGCACAGCCCUGCUUCUUGAGACGUAGUUCGCCAGUUAAGCACAUGUGAGCGGAGGGAGAGAGAAAUAAAAAUAUCUCCUGGAAGUAAAGAGAGUGGGUCUCAAAAUGUCACUUUUUAUCUUAAAUUCCUCUGGGAGCUAGAAACGCGAUUUAUCCUCUCCCUAGACAUCAGCCAACAGGGAACCUGAGUGGUGGUGUGUGAGCACCGUCUCCGCAGGGCGCACCCCUCUCGGCGGAGCCGGGACCGUUUCCAGGUCGAUGCUACCCUGAGAGGGCACCGGGAGGUUCCGGAGGAAGGAGGUUCCCAGUGGCGGGGGUUGGGGGGGGGGAAGGGACUGUUGCAGAAGGGUCGCGGUAGAGGACUUACAAAUGACGGGUUUGGUAGUCAAGCGUUCGGCAGGGUGCUUGCGUGGGCAGGGGGGCUGCGGGCGGGCCUCACGUACUACGCGGUCCUAAGCUCCUAGAUCUUUCUGCUUCAGGGAUAGAGUGGUCGUGUGAAGUGCUCCCGGCUGUCCAGAUGUCGAGGAUCAGACCUUGAGUUUGCUUCCUGUCCUAGACUGGGUGGUGCUGUGAACCCAGCACUUGGGGGAGAGGAGGCCAGCCGCCUCCCCUCCUCCCCUCCUCCCCUCCUCCCGGCCCUCCCUUUCCCCUCCCCGCGCGCCGCACCCCCAUGCUGAGCCUUUAGCUUAUAGCUGUGACAACCACGUGUGAAUUUUUGUUGCCUGUAGGUGCUUAUUUUUUAAAGGAUGCUUUCAGGAUCAAAGUACCCCCCUGCUCGAAGCCUGGACCCCACUGCAGUGAGUCAUGGCGGGCAGACAGAGCAGAGCGCCCCCUAAGGCUUGGCCCGCAGCCCGGCUCUCAGGGAACUGCACCCCAGCACUUUUUGUUUCCUCCAUAGCAGACUUACAGAGCGGUCCCCGGUGUGACAGAUUCUGACAGCACGGCUUUGCGGGAGCAGCACCGAGGGUGAUGGGGGGCAGGGGGGUCCCCGAGAUAACGAUCCUUUCACUGGGCUUACCCCACUCGUAAGGACAGAGCCGUUGCCAGUUGCCGUUGGAAGCUUCUCGGCAUGACCUGGAAAGACCGGGGCAGCUCCCAGGGCAAACUACACGUGCCGUUCAUUCGAAGGGAUCUGCAGCAGAGACCGCGGCAGCGGCAUCGCUGUCCGAAGUCAUUUGUCCCGCGGGACCUUUUAAGAACCGGUAGGGCGGCCGGAGCUCGUUUCGCAGUAGGAAGGAAGGGUCGGAGAGGCGCUUGCGGCUGGUCUCUCCGCGUUGGUAUUCGGUGCUAGGUCUGUCUGGCCCACCCGUUGUCUACCCUUGACUUCUCACGAAUUUCAUUGUGUGUGCUUUGGGUAUAUAAAAUUAUAUGCGUACAUGGCUGUUUUUUUUGCCAAAUACAAAAGCCUUCCUCUUCAUCACCUGAUCACGGAAGAUUCCCACAGCCCUACGUACGUGGGCGAUGCGUGCUCGGUCCCGGGAGCAGUUUGAAGGGCGGGAGCCCGGCUGGAAGGGCCUGUCCAUUCAGUUUCCCACGCAGCCCUCGUACUCAGGCUUCUGGGGAGAAUCCGAAAUUCCUGUUUGCGGCGACAGUCUGUCACUCCCUGGCUGGCGCUCGGCCCCGCUCGGCCUCCGUGUGGCUAGAGUCACGUCUGUGUCGUUAGUGCCACGUGCACUUCGGCAAGAGACCGGUUGCUUUCACGCGGACUCUCAGGUAUCACUCAAGGGCCAGAGCAGGCGCGGGCCGGCGUCCCGAACACCCGCCCCCCGGGCACAGCAGGGCCGUUCUGGUCACAGACACCGUGGCCCCCUGGCCGGGUGGGGCCCUGGAAACUCCCCACCCGUGUCUGGACGGAGGGGCGCGCUCAGCGGCCAGACAGGGCACAGGCCGGGCGCCUCCGCCCCCAGCGGCCCUGGCCGGGCCCCUGACCCAGCAGGCAAGCUGCACGGCGGUUCAUCGAGCUCCCCCUGAAGCCCCUUCCCUUGUUGGGACUCGAACGAUCGCUUGAGUCCAGAUCUCUGCAGGGUCCCGCCGGGGAAGAGGGCUGGUUCGGCAGGAGCGGGUGUCAGCCGUCAGCCGGGGCCAGUGGGCCGAGCCAGCCCUCCUCCCCAGGACGACUGCCACACACGGGCAACCCUGUCACUCAUGGGGCCAAUUGACGAAAACAGACCUUGAGAUUUCAUGAAAACAAAAUCUGCCUUUUCAUUUGAUAGUGUAAUAUCAUUUAUUUUAUAAAUUUUUUAGGGUUUUUUCUCAUUGUAAUAUUGUACAGUUUUGCAUGGCCUAGGUGUAAUCAUUUUUUUGUUCAGAAUAUAAUGCGGACAAAUGUGUGUAUGGAAGGAAAAAGGCUGUUGCGUUGGCCUCUGAUCACUCUUGAUUUUCUUUGGUUUUAUGCCCUCAAUGUUUUAGGGAAGUUUCUAAGAGAUUCUCUGCUACCAGACAAUGGUGUGGAUUCUUUUGCACAGAAAUACUGAAGGUGGGACAGUCAAAAAUGUAACAAGACUCCUCGCCAAUAUUUUAUGUUGGUCUCGAUAUUAACCAGAAUUUGAUGUAUUGCAAUAAAACAGGGAACUGUUGGA